GAUAGUUGUCAACGUCCACAAAAGUUUUGUGAAAUGGUGCAUGUGGCAUCUAAUAGCCACCAACUUGUGUGUCUGGCUAUGGUACGAAAUAACAGAGAUUGAAAAUGACAUCAGAGAAGACAAAGAUGAACCUUUACUGAUAACAAUCAUCAGAAACGCCAGUGUUGGGAGUAGUGGAGGGCAGAAUGAUGAACCACUCGAAAAUAAUGAGACUAUGGCAAGUGAGGGGAAUGUUGAACCAAUAGUUUGCUACGACUACGAGAGCAUUGCUGAAAGAAGUUCUGAGUACUUGUUCCCGUGUGUUAUAGAAUAUAGCCUCUUAGGGGCUACCCUUGUUUACAUAGUUCUAUGCUCAAUAGGCACACCACUCGAGCUGCCCUCAUCUAAAAAUGACAAACCGGAACCGGAAGUGAAUCGGGAUUGUCAUAAAGCGAACUCAGGAUUGUUUGGUGGCAUUCUCAUUUUCAUGGUGACAAUCGUAGCCGUGGCAGUGUUUUUCGUACUCGUGGAUAAUCUAACGAUGCCAGUGGAGGCAAUGACAGUAUUUUACAUCACAGAGAUUGUACUUCUAUCCGCAACAUUUGCCGGGUGUCUCAUUAGUAUUCUAAAACUGAAAUAUUUGAGAUUUUCUCCCGGUGAGGGUGGUAUAGAUUCAGUAUUGUUGAUGGUGUCACUUGGAGCUGUCUUCAUGUUCCAUUUAUUCAUGAUAAUCUCAUCAGCCGAACAGACCCAUGUAUUUGGAUUCAUAGGAGUUCUAUCGAUAAUUGUGUCGGUGUUUGCCAUCAUCCAGGCAGCCCUUCAAGUUGUUAUGAUUGUAGAUGGCAUGCUGCGUUCCAGUGUACACGACACACAUCUGCAAAGUAAACCAGGCAGGUCAUUGGUUACUUUCGUCAUCAUUGCAAACCUAGCGCUAUGGGCAAUAAAUACUUUUGAAGCCAAGAAAGCGGGACAUUCAGGGAUACAUGCACAAUAUUACGGAAGGGUUGUUUGGUCAAUUAUUCAGCACGUCUCUAUACCAUUGGUGA